UUGUAUUUCUCCGUUCUCGAAAACCGCAUAAUAUAUAAAAUCGCAAAAUUAAAUGAAACACAUUGACGCGAAAAAAGAAACAAAAUUGUUAUCGAAUGAAUGAUGAUAAAACGUUCAAAUCCCAAUACAACACGGGCUUGUAUGAAGGAAAGUUGUUUGCGCAGAUGGUUUAUGAAAGCAUGCGAAAUGAAUAGUUUGUUUGUUGCGCUUUCAAGAUGCCUGAUCGAUAUAUCUUUUGUAUGCUGAAAUUUAUUAACUUUAGUCGCAACGAUGAACUGGCUGUGGGCAGUAGUGCUGGUGAUUAUUGGUCACGGGUUUCCGGCACGAGCCGAUUGGUUCGAUUCGUGCGAUCGACAGUUUCAGCUGACGAACACGGCGGAUGUAACGUUGAAUUCUCCCUUCUAUCCAUCGAACUAUCCCGCCGGUAGUUCGUGUCGGUUUGUGAUACGUGCCCCGCCAGGGUAUACGAUCCAGGCUUCAUGUACACUAAACAUGGCCAAUCCCAGCUCAGCUUGUACGACGGACUUUCUGUACGUGUCCACCGAAGGCUUUGUGUCACCUGUUGGUAGUGAAUACUUCUGCGGCAAAGGGCAGAUCACACGGAAGUCACUGUUCAACAAGAUGACCAUCUCGUACAUCUCGUCCAGCUCGACCAACUCGGGAUCGUUUACGUGUCGGCUAGUAGUACAGCCGCAGGACUGCGACUGCGGGUGGUCCAGAACCGCAAAGAUUGUCGGAGGUAGUGAGGCCGGUGUUAAUGAGUAUACGUCCAUAGUGGCACUGAUUGAUCCACUUACGGUGAACGUGUUCUGCUCCGGAACGAUAAUAAGUUCGCGUUAUGUUCUUACUGCCGCUCACUGUGCUCGUACUAUUCCCAGUGUGAGUCGUGUGCAGGCCCUUGUCGGUGAUCAUGACUACCGCACCGGUCUGGAUACACCCUAUUCGGCGAUCUAUAACAUCGAACAGAUCAUUUCUCACGAGAACUAUAACGAGCAGACUCGCAACAACGAUAUCGCUCUACUGAAGACAGGCACUGAGAUCGACUUCAACCGUGGUGUAGGCCCGAUCUGUUUACCCUUCAGCUAUAGUACGUACAGCUUUGGCGGGCUGCUGGUAGACAUUGCCGGCUGGGGUACGACAAGCUUUGGUGGCCCAAUGAGCACGGUACUACGCAAGACAACGUUGAACGUGCUGGAAAACGGGAGCUGCUCCGCACCGUACGUUAAUGAUCAAAAGAUAUGCAGUUUUGCCGUGGGCCGUGACUCCUGUCAGUAUGAUUCAGGUGGCCCACUGUACCUGCGAGGAAGCCAACGUAUGUACACGGUUGGUAUCAUCAGCUAUGGGUCGGCCUGUGCAGCCUCGACACCAUCUGUGGCUAGUCGCGUCACGUCCUACCUGAGCUGGAUCCGACAAAAAACACUCGAUGUAUCGUAUUGCCGCAAUUCCCUGUCCCGAUCCACGCGCCAAAUGCUCGAGGUUCCUCGUGGAUCUUCUUCGCCCAAGACGGAUAAAGAUAACCAUGAUAAGCAUGAUGCCGCGGUAUGCAAAAUACGAUGCCGCAGCGUUAGUGCGUUACCACCUGUCCAUCGAGAACUUGUCGAGCCGGUCGCAGGAAGAAUGUGGUCAAAAUUGGUUCGGUUUAUUCUCGUGCUUGCCUGCUGCACACAACGCGUGCAUGGCCAAUGUUCGUUUACGCUCGAAAUGAAGUUUGGAUCGGUGUAUCAGCUUAUCUCCCCACGGUAUCCUUCACGGUACGGACCGAACCUGAAUUGUACGUACAUAAUUCGUGCACCCUUCGGUUACCGUAUCGCACUCGAUUGUCCCACCUUUCAGAUACCAAGCAGUACCAACUGCAAUCUGGAUUCGUUCCGGGUAUCCCGGACUGGUUUGUUGGUUCUGACCGACGCAUACACCUACUGUGGAGCUGGUCGAUUGCAGGAAAAAUCAGAUGCCAGUCAAAUGACGAUCCAGUUUACAUCGGCCCCAACCAGCACCGGUGGUAUCUUUGCAUGUGAACUCUCCAUCGUGCAGCAAAGCUGCGAAUGUGGCGCAAAGAAAACGCAACGGAUCGUGAAUGGUGUGGAAACGAUGGUAAACGAGUUCCCAAUGAUGGCCGCUUUGAUAGACGUCAAAACGAAAACUGUCAUUUGCGGUGCCACUAUCGUGACGAACAGUUACGCCCUGACGGCGGCCCACUGUCUGUUGCAGCGCACCACGAGCGAUACGGUGCUGCUGGUGGGUGAUCACAAUAUCAAGACCGGAACCGAUACUUCCUACUCGCGGAUAUACAUCGUGGCACAGUUCAUGAGCCAUCCGAGCUUCACGGUCAAACCGGUGUCGAACGAUAUAGCGCUGGUGCGCACACAGCAACCGAUCCAGUACAAUCCGGGCGUCGGUCCCGCUUGUCUCCCGUGGAGCUACACGUCGCAAACGUUUGAAGGCCAAACGGUGGAAGCGACCGGAUGGGGUGAUUUGGAUUUUGGUGGACCACGGGCGGACGCACUGAACAAGGUGCAGCUGAACGUUAUCGGAAAUUCGGACUGCUCACGGCGACUUGGCGUGACGGUACCGUACCAGCAGCUUUGUACCUUUGCCACCAAUCGGGACACGUGUCAGGCUGAUUCUGGUGGGCCACUGUUUUACACGAAACCGGCCACCGGAUUGCUGUACAAUGUCGGUAUCGUGAGCUUCGGUAUUGCAUGUGCCACCGAUAAACCGAGCGUUAAUACGAGGGUCACUGAGUUUCUCGAUUGGAUUAUGGCUAAUACGCCGAGAUCUUUUUUCUGCUAUCAGUGACUCUGGUGUAUCCGGUGAUGGAGUAGUCUGAUAGAUGGUGAUAGUUGUGUAAAUCCCUUUUACACAUUCGGUUGUCAAAUAUAGGAUGGAAACUCUUUGAGUGAGAAAAAGGUGCCGUUUCUGACUGGCUGUACACGAGUCCUUAUUCUGGAAUAUUUCCUGUCUUCGAUUAAAAGCAUUCAGAGGUGUGUUCGUUCUUGGUACGUUCUUAGUAUAAAAUAAUGAUAAAACAAAAAGUUUGAUAAUAUCACGUUCUUCUCAUCUUUUUAACAACAGGUACUUGUUCUUGUUCUCUUUGCCUAAAAUACACGUAACUCUUGCGAACAAUACGAUACAAUUCAACAAAUAUAUCCAUUUUCAUUUCAAAUAAUUUCAAAACAGUUUUGCGUGUUAUUAUUUUACUAUAAAAUUUAUUGAAAUAGUUGUUAAAAUACAACAUUUCCAAAUAAGUGAGAAGAACGUAUAUAACAC